CCUCAGCCGUUGCGCGCAGGCGCCGCGGAGCCGCUGCCCGGGCCGGGGCCGGGGCCGGGGCCGGGGCCCGGCGGGCAGCAUGCGGCAGGCCCUGACUCAGCAGCGGCCGGGCGGCAUCGCCCUGCCCGACUCCGUGGGGUCGUUCAAUAGAAGAAAAAGAAAUUCCCUCUACGUAACUGUGACUCUCCUCAUUGUGUCAGUAUUAAUUCUAACGGUGGGCCUAGCUGCUACAACAAGAACCCAAAAUGUGACUGUUGGAGGUUAUUACCCAGGGGUUAUUCUUGGUUUUGGGUCGUUUCUUGGAAUAAUUGGAUCAAACUUGAUAGAAAACAAAAGGCAAAUGCUGGUCGCAUCGAUUGUCUUCAUCAGCUUUGGUGUCAUUGCUGCGUUCUGCUGUGCCAUAGUAGAUGGCGUCUUUGCUGCCAGACACAUAGACCUGCGGCCGCUGUAUGCAGGACGAUGCCAGUACUACUCCAAGAGCACCACGCCGCCAGAGGCAAUCUGUCAUCCACAACGCCGUGCACCCUGCACACCGAAAAUAAAAACCAACACCUGCUUCUGUUGUGACCUGUACAACUGUGGGAACAGAGUAGAGAUUUCUGGAGGCUACUAUGAAUACAUUGAUGUCAGCAGCUGCCAGGACAUCAUUCACCUUUACCACUUGCUUUGGUCGGCAACAAUUUUGAACAUAGUGGGGCUAUUCCUAGGGAUCAUUACAGCAGCGAUACUUGGAGGCUUUAAAGACAUGACUCCUUCCCUCCCUACGCUGAACUGCACGGUUGAAAAUGCACAUCCUACGGUGUCCUAUUACUCGAGGCCACAGGUGACAUCUUACAACACCUACUACCACAGCACUCCUCACCUGCCUCCGUACUCCGCGUAUGACUUUCAGCAUUCCAGUGUGUUUCCAGCCUCCACUCCUUCUGGCCUCUCCGAUGACCCCCAGUCAGUGUCACCUUCUCCCAGCUAUAUGUGGUCUUCCAAUGCACCUCCUCGUUACUCCCCGCCGUAUUUUCCACCUUUUGAAAAGCCACCACCUUAUACGCCAUAAAGAAUGUGGGAGAGAAGAAAUACUUGCCAUUGAAAUAAUUGUGAACAUUUUGUAUUUAUAUUUUACUGUGGGAGGAAGUAGGAGGAUAGAAACAGAAGAUAAUUGCAAAUAUGACUAGUUGAUCAGACUGUUAUUUCAUGCAAGACUUAUUUCAGAGGUUUAUCAAUGAGGUGUGAGGAAGGGGAUGUAUUGUGGAUGUUUUGCAGUGGUGGUGAGUAGCAGGGGACCUAAAUUCCAGCCUCCUCAUUUUCCAGUGAGGUUCAUAUAGUCAUUGGUUUUUAAUAAAGUGAUACGACACGUAUGUUAGAUUCUGGUCUGCCUUACUCCAUCUUGAGCCAAGUUGAAGUAAGAGUAGCCAGGACCAACAGCUGCCCAAGAAUAUCUAUCUGUUCAAGGUGAGUGUGCUUGCAGACGGCUCAGCUUGAUGCUUGUUUUGUUUGGUCUUUGGUCUCCAGUUGUUGGGAUUUUGUGGGGCCACAGAACCUAGCUCAUGUCACUUGUUGAUUACAGUCUAUGUAAUGGAAAUCCUCGUGAGGAGCCACGACAGUGUCUCUUAACACUAAAACUAAUGAAUAGAGGUAACUUCAUAGGGUAUUUUCAUAUUUGUCUAGCAGAACAACUGGAAUAUUGCUUUUUUGACAGGAAAAACUUUAAUAAGCUUUAUUAACUGGUUUAUUUUGGGUUACUUCUUAAGAUAAAAGGUGAAAUGCAGUUGUUUGUCUCUGAAUUCUGUAUAUGUAAUGCUGAAAUCAAACAGUUUGGGUGGUUGCACUGCCUAAAUCUUCCUUGUAUUCCUAAAAAGAGCAUCAGGAACUAUCCACAAGUCACUGAAACAGUGCAGUGAAAACUUUUUUUUUCCCUUCUGUUUGGUUGGGAAUUUUUUUUAAGCUUCUAAUUUUAACUUUUUUAACGAGUUGAAUCAGCACCCUGAAUAAGCACCGUUUUAGUAGCUGUAUUACAGGCUGCACAUAAGGAAUUUCCACUACUAGUUCUCCAAGAUGUAAGUCUCACAUGGAUAAAAUUCAACACCAUGUAAUAUAGGAUGAAGCUGAUAGGAAUUUACAAUUAUUGUCGUGACUUUCAUUUAAUCUUCAGCUGAUGACUGUGCUGAUUGAUCUAGAUUCCAACAGAUUUUGCAUGCAUCCUGCAUAACAAAAGAAGGUCAGCUUUGUUAUGGGAUACAAUAAUGUCCUGUAAAGUGUGGUUCUACUCCAGGAAGUGACUUCAGAUGACAGCUUUUAGAUCUGAGCUGCUCAACCUGAGCAUUCUCAACUGCUUGCUUCAGAGGU